AUUGAGCUUUAUCUGUUUGGUGCUCAGCUGAUGAGCUGACCUGUAGUCUUAGUCAAGAAGCAUUAAAAGCCUGAGAUCACUAUAAUCGUUUGGAGAAGGAAACAACAGCGAGCCAAACUUGUGUUCACCUGGAAAGUGAAAAAGGACUCGUGGGUGGUCCCUGGACCCCGCUUUGGAAACCCUCCUUCCACAUCCUCUAACUCAUGCAGCUUAAACGCGAUGAAAAAGUUGUGUUUCAUGCCAGUGCCUCUUCCAUACAAGGUGAGCCCGGGUCCGAUUUGAAGACUAAUGCUGCGUAAAGGUGGAGGAGACCAAGCGGAUUUUGAAAAUACCCAAAAACCACAGGUGUGUCCGAUGAGUAACUGGAGCCGAUUUGGUCCCACGGUGCAGCUCGGAGAAGUUGUCUGUGAUGGAGUGGCGUGAGCAGUCCUCUGUCAGCUGCGACGAAGCCUACGUGGAAGCGCAGAGGUGGAUUGAGGCAGUAACCAAGAAAAAAUUUGGGAGCAACGACUUCCGAUCAGCGCUGGAGAAUGGCGUUCUGUUGUGCGAUCUGAUCAACAAUAUCAAGCGUGGUAUUAUCAAGAGGGUUAACAGGCUGCCCACACCUAUAGCUGGACUGGACAACCUUAACGUCUUCCUCAAGGCCUGCGGGAAGCUUGGGCUAAAGGAAGCACAACUCUUUCACCCCGGAGAUCUUCAGGACUUAACCACAAGAGUCACAGUCAAGCAUCAAGAGACCAACAGGAGGCUGAAAAAUGUACUGAUCACCAUUUACUGGCUGGGAAGACGAGCUCAAUGCGAUCAAUUCUAUGAUGGACCUCACCUGAAUUUUAAGCCAUUUGAGGGAUUAUUAGGCACAGCACUAUACAAGGCUCUGCAGGAAUCGUCCAGUCAGAAAGGCAGCAGCGUCAGAGACAGUGGUUUUGGAGAUAGCUGGUACUCAGAGCGAGAGGAGCUUUACCCACUGAGAGGAGAAAGAAGAGGAGGAGGAGGAGGCGGCAGCAGACACAGGAGAGACGACUCCCUGGACAGUUUGGACUCUCUGGGCUCCCGACCCCACAGCAUCUCAUCUGACGCCACUCUUAAGGGCAGCAGCGAGGGUUGUUGCAGUGACACUGAAGCAGAUUCUGCCAUCAGGAUGGCUGAUAACAAGGACCCUCUCAGUUACCGCCGGUCAGCAGUCGUCACACCCAAGGCCAGUGCCCAGUUUAACCAGUUUCUACCCACUAAAGACAAACCUUCAGGCUACGUACCUGCUCCGCUAAGGAAGAAACGGGCUGAGCGCGAUGAGGAGAGUCGACGCAGCUGGGCCAACUCCACAUCCACAGAGGAAGAAGUCACACUCACCAGACAGCAGCCAGUGCAAGCACGUUUGGACAGGAGUAAAUCAACAGACGAUAUCCUGACCGACCCUGCUGUCGUCCAGCAGAUUCGCUACAAAGAGCUACAGAAGUACCGUGAGCGGAUAAAGGAGAAUGAGGAUAAGUGGCAGGAUGACCUGAGCAAAUGGAAGAACCGACGCAGGAGUGUCAACUCUGAUAUAGUGAAAAAGAAAGAGGAACGUGAGAAGAUAGAGCAGAUUACAUACGGCAGUAAGAGAAAGUCCAAGACCUUCAAGGAGAUGGAAGAGGACAGAGAAAACAAAGGUGGCGGUACUCUUCCAUCUCUCUCUUACUUGGAUGACAGUGACGAUGUAUUUGAGAAACCCACCAUUGCCCCUCGUUCUCGAACCCUUCCUGCCAGGAGCUACACUAUUGAUACUCCUUACCGUUCCUCUGGACACCCUGAGCCUUCUCUGAAAGAGGUCGACCCCCCCGCUGCUUCCCCAGCUACUGGAAACGCUGCUUCCCCUCCCACCUAUCAGGAAGCUGACAUUAUGGACAGUCCUACGAGCACUGACUUCACACCCACCCUCAUUCCCAGCAGCCGCAGCUCUGUCCAUAGCUACCAGCCUCCAGCAGCUGCACCUUUACAGAGGAGUCCAGUCUUAAAACACAGCAGCACAGCCAAGACAGAGGAGAAUACAAACAUCACUUCCAGCUCCCUGCAAAAGGUGCCCGAGCCACGGCGUCCAUUAUCAGGUGCACAGGCUGAGGUGGAGGCCCCCUUCCCUGGUUCUCUAUACAAAAAACAACCACAGUCCAGCUCAAUGGAGCCCAAGCCUCCUGGGGUUUCUAAGGUUACUGCUUCCCUUCCCAGGAGCUACCAGAGAUCAGAUAACACACGUCUAACUUCAGUUGUCACACCAAGGCCUUUUGGGACCCAGCCCUCCUCCAUCACCUCACUUCCCAGAGCCUCAGCACACAAGCGCGUCAACGGUGACGUCACUGUUUCUAAGAACUCGUCCGUGCCAAGCCGCUAUCAUGCGUUCAUGACCUCUGAGGAUGAGGCUCAGUCCAGCUCAGCCCACAGCAGUGAGCAAGAGGAUGAGGUGGACGAGCCUGCAGCGAAGAGCAUCACCUCUACUCAAAGCAUCUCUCCUGUCCCUCCUCUGGUCAAGAGUGAAGCUCUGGUCAGUUCUGCUCCAGCCAAAGUAACCAGCCAGGAGAACUACUGUGAAAUGCGGAUCAACCUGAACCAGAAACCCAACAGCAGCAGAGACUUUGGCUUCCAGGCAGCCUGGGACUCGACAGGGGCUCGCGUCACAUCCAUCCAGCCAGGCAGCUCAGCUGAGAUGUGUCAGCUUCAGCCGGGAGACAAGGUGCUGACGGUGAACGGGCACAAGGUGGCAGAAAUGAGCUACACAGACUGGAAGUCUUUAAUGGAGGAGGCUCUGCAGGAAGGCAGUCUGGUCAUGGACGUACGGCGUCAUGGCAAGAACAACUGGGACAGAAAUCAACCUUCCCUGCCAUUUAAAACCCAUAAGACCAUCAAUCUGACCACUACGGAUCAUCCAAUACUUCUAGGUACCUCUGGCACAAACGUUGGCACCUCCAGCCUGGAUUUCUCUUCACACAUUUCUGCAGAAAAGCUGCCAUCCAAAGAGGCCCCCCCACAGCCGGCUGUUGACGUGGCUUCAAACAGGGUUAAUGGAGGUUUCUUUCAGGAGUCGGUGACCAUGAGGAGCACAGAGUCAGAACCCAUAUCUAUGAAAAACUUAAAGCGGAGGUCAGAGUUUUUUGAAAAAGGCAGCUCAGGGUCCAGUGUCAAUGCACUGGUCUACCUCUGUGGUAAACGGGGAGGAUCUGAGUCUGCAAUGCCAGAUAUACCCGUUCCUUCGAUCACUUCCUCUUCCAGCCACUGGUCUUGGGACCCAGAAGAAGAGCGCAAAAGACAAGAAAAAUGGCUGAAGGAGCAGGAGCGCCUCCUACAGGAGAAAUAUAAACGUGACCAGGAGAAACUGCAGCAGGAGUGGCUCAAAGCUCAGCAGGAGAUUGCCAAGAACAUGGAAGCGGAGGAGAGAAAGAAGAAGGAGGAGCAGGAGCGCCAGAGGCAGGUGGAGGAGAGGAGGAAGAGGGAAGAGGAGGAGCGAGAGCUGCAGCGUCUCCAGGAGGAGAGAAAGAGGCAGGAGGAGCAGGAGCGCCAGAGGCAGGUGGAGGAGAGGAGGAAGAGGGAAGAGAAGGAGCGAGAGCUGCAGCGUCUCCAGGAGGAGAGAAAGAGGCAGGAGGAGCAGGAGCGCCAGAGGCAGGUGGAGGAGAGGAGGAAGAGGGAAGAGAAGGAGCGAGAGCUGCAGCGUCUCCAGGAGGAAAGAAAGAGGAAAGAAAGACAGGAGGAGGACGAGCGGAAGAGGAGGGAACAAGAACAGCUAAGACUGCAGAUGAGGAGAGAGGAGGAGGAGGAGGAGGAGAGGAGAUGGCAGGAAGUUGCAGAGCAGCAACGCAGAGAGCGGGCUAGAAGCUUGGAGCAGCAGCAGCAGCAGCAGCAGUGGGCUGAUGGCUUCCAUUAUUUUGACAGUGUUCAGCCUCCACUGUCCUUUACAGACAGGGUAAAAUCCAAGUCAUCUCCCCAACUUGAUGAAGAGGAAAAACCUCAGAGAAAAGAUGUGUUUGUGCAGCCAGGGGGUCUGGCUCAGUGGCUGCUGGAAGAGCAGUUGAAGAGUGCGCGUGACAAACAGGCCCAGAGUCAGAAGGCCGCAUCAGAGCUGGAAAUGGAGAGGAGAAAUAUCCUCAAUGCCAUGAGAUACAGACAGCCAGAGAGAGUGACAGGCGUUGGAGUGGGUGAGAAUACAGGUCAGCAGCCCAUGUCGAAGGCAGAGCUGGAACGGCAGCAGAUCCUGAACGAGAUGAAGAAGAAGACUUCGCUGCUAAGGGACGGUAGCUGGAUACGCCAGCGUGCCUCCAACACCGCAACCCACAAAGAGAAUGACGUGCCACCCAUGCGCAGAGGUGAGUCUCUUGACAACUUGGAUAGCUCCUACAACUCCUGGCGCUCAUCAUGGACAUCCAGAAACAACUCUUAUGUCCAAAACUACGCUCGGCCUCACUCUGCCCUCUCUGGCAGCACUUCCUUUUACAGUGGCGGGUCUGGGGUGCAGCGGCCCGGCUCCUCCGCUCUGCCUUCCUCCUCCUCCAUGGGCUCCCUCCAAGGUGGGGCUGGAACCCCUUCGUUCCCCUGGUCCCAGCAGACAUCUUCCCCCUCACUGUCCUCUCUGUCGCCCACCACCUCUCCAGAGCCCAUGUCUGAGGCAGGUGGCCCUCAGCAGCGGAGCAGGUCAGUGAGUGGCAAGAAAAACUGUACGUUCUGUGACACCGCGCUGGGAAAGGGAGCGGCCAUGAUCAUCGAGUCCCUCGGGCUCUGUUAUCAUUUGAGCUGUUUUAAGUGUACAAACUGUAAGGCUGAUCUGGGAGGAUCGGAAGCCGGGGCUGAAGUCAGAAUACGAAACAAAAUGCUCUACUGUAACUCCUGCUAUGUGCGAUUCAAAACUGGCCAUCCAACAGCCAUGUGAUGCGCGUGUACUCCAGGAAAUCGACGAGGAGACUACUUGUGACAAUAACCCAUGAACAUUAAAGUGAACAUUGAAGCCAUUGCAAACAGCUGGGACACUUGGUUUGGACAAGCUUCUGGUUAUGACUCUUGAAAAGCCCAGCUGAAUCAUAUUUGUGUUUUGACAGUGUGUGAUUAAGAGCUUACAAAAAAGUUAUUUACGUUAACAUGUUUAUAUCAUAUCAAGUAUUACAUCUGUACAAAGUGUCAGGGUUCUGCAUGUAUCACUUUUAAAUGUUUUAUCAAUGAAACUACUAUAGUCAAGCAGCAAACUGUCUAAAAGAUUACAGAGGCAGAUCUUUCUUAUGACCUUCACUGAGACAGAUUUUAAGAGAUAUUUAGUAGGAUCAUCUCUGAAUUUUCAUGCUUUCUUGUUUUUGUUUUUUUCCUGAGGCUUGUGAUAUUAACAUGUUUGAUGGCCAAGGUAUUUUUAUCAAGUCUACAAACCUUUUCAUUUGUAACUGGGAGAAGUAAUUAAGAUUAUUAUAAUUCUUUUAAAGUAUGUAUUUAAAAAACUGUUUGCUUGUGGAGCGCUUGUUGUCUGGUGUUUUCACUGAUGGAUGUCGGAUUGUACACAUAAACAGGAUUCCAUGCGAAGAAUAUAUCAUACUGAAUGGCAUUGAGGCAAACGUUAACAUUUGUAAAUACAAUGACAAAAUGUUUAUCUCUUGCGUUUUUGUUUACUCUCUGUAACAGUGAAAUCACAUAAUUUUUGGUGAUCAUUUUGCAGUAUGUGAUGUGAGGCUUUUCCUGCCUUUCUGAUCCAAAAUCUUUACAUCUCAUCUUUCUCUGCCUGUCCCUCUCAUUCUCUGUGGUGCCACAGUCAUAAUGAAAGGAAUUUCAAUGAGCUUUUGUGCAAAGGUUCAGAGGACCUGCCUGCUCUGUGUUCUCCGAAGCCAAUUUGUCAUGCAUAUUUCAUUCAGCGUUCAUGCAUUACAUUUGAUUAGAGAUUGAUAGGUUAUUUUCUUAAUGUAUUCUGUCAUUCUAGCUGAUUCCAUGAAGUAAACAUAAACACUGAAUAUUCAUAUGAGUUGGAACACUCCUAAAUGGUGCAGCCUGCAGCUCCCAAUUGCAUUUAAACAGUACAAGCUAAGGCAUUGUCCUCGUUCUACAUACAUGGAAAUAGGCUCAAUUGAAGCAAUAUAUGGAAAUAAGUUGGACUGAGCAUAAAAUAGCUCUGUAUUUUUGAGGGGAAGCACAAACAGCCGCUGGAGACAGACAUCUCAAAUUCUUAGCUUCCUUUUUUAGAUCUUUCUUGUAAGAGAGAGAGAAUUUAAUCCCAGUGCUUGGAAAAUAAACACGGCCUGAAUGGCGCAGAACAGAAUUGAGUGGCUGAGAAAUAUAAAACCUUUUAGGAUAAGUAUUCCAUAUUUUGCCUCCAAAGCCAAGGCAACAAUCAAUCUUGACACGGAGAAUGGUUUUAUGUAUAUGUGUGUACUAGGGCUUGCAGAGAAACGGUAUGCAUGGCUGCUCUGCAGAAUAGGGCCUGUAUAAAGAUGGAACACAGGUAGAAACACUGAGAUAUUGCUGCUCUACCCCCCAUCAUAAAGUCAAUCCUAAAUCUGAAACAGCUCAUUGUCUAAUGCCUUUUGAAUGUUCUCCCACUGGGAGCAUAGAUUUCCCAUUAUUCAGGAGAUUUCCAGUCAGACCAAGGUGGAUGAUUUUUCACCUUAUCAGUACACAAGAAUGAGUCCAGUGGUCAUGCUCCAUUACUGCACCACAGUCCCUUCUUGAGGAUACAUUUUUUAGGCUGAGAUAUAGCUCACACUGGCCAGAAGGGGGCACUGUGAUCUCAUAUAC